AUGACGGCUCCAACAUUUUCUGGCAUGCCAGAGCCUCUGCAGACGCCAGAUACACCGACUGAAGCCCCUGGCACCCCGAAUUCAACUACCACAUCGCUAUCUACUCUUUCGACGACUGCAUUUAAAGAUGGUCAUCGCGGAAGCUCCUUCCCUUUUCCUUCGCAAGGUCACCAUCGACUAUCUUCCAACAUUCUCGAAGCUGAACGAGCUGAUCGCAUUUCUCGCCUUGCAGGACUAGAACGUGUUUCUGCACUGCGAGGGACAGGUGCGGGGCAGAUGGCGCUGGGAGGACAAGUCGCAGGAUAUUUCGACCACAACGGAAACCCUGUAUAUAUGACCAAGAUGAGUACAGUGGGGAGCGCGAGCGCUACUGAGGGUACUGAAGAGCAGACAACCACAUGGGCCAGUGGGAGCUUCAGAGAAGAUGAGGACCACAUGAGUGAAGAGACUAUAGACGAUCGAGAACGUUAUUCCACACCCACAAUGGACGAUGAUCACGAUCACGAUCGUGAUGGUGAUGGCGAUGGCAUGAGUGAUAAUCAGAGCUUAGUCGGCUUCGGAGAGGGUGCUGGAAGCACAGUAUCCGGACCAAUUUAUGUAAGGGGCCGAGGCGUCUUGAGCCAGAAUCAGAGCGGUCCAGGGACUCCAGUGCAUUUAGACGUCGACAGACAGCGGAGAGAUGCUAGGAUAGUAGAUGCCUUGACAGACGAUAGUUUAGGUAAUUGCUUUACUGACACCAUCCGACGAGCUGAGGGAAAAGAACAAGCAGAGAGAAUAAUAAGAGAGCGGAUUGGAAGCAAUUCAAUAACCCUGUGUCAAGGAAGCCCAGAUGAAGGUAGUAGGGAUUAG